AUGCCGGAGGAUCUUUCGAUCCUUCAAGAUGAAGAAAUUCAAGCCAAACGACCAAUCCGAUCUCGAAAUGGGUGCCUGACGUGCCGCCGCCGCAAGAAAAAGUGCGAUGAGAGCCGCCCAUCCUGCGCAGGAUGUCAACGUAAUCAUCUGGAAUGCCAGUGGGAGUCUAGUGACUCCCUCCUGAAGCCAAGAAGACGCUAUAGAAGACCAAGUCUGGCCGAAAACUCAAACUCGCUACCUGAAGAGAUACAAAGGAGGAUGAACAUUUUCUUUGUUCUGACGCCAGACCUUGUCUAUCGUUUGCUCGGCCACUUUCUUGACGAUAGCCCGAAAUGGUUAUCGACAAGAACAGGCUCGCGGAGGACUGACUACUUGAAAUGGUUAUCCCCUGCCAUAUCGAACAGUCCUCUGGUCUUGAAUUGUAUUCUCGCUAUAGCCUCGGCAGAUCUGCUCAAAUACGACCGUGGCAGCCGGGAAAUACGUCGUGUUGCUGUCGAGUACUACGGAAAAGCAGUUUCUGGUCUCAGGACCGCAAUCAAUGAUGAGAUGGCUAUUGCUUCACCCUCCUAUGCAUUUGCCCCUGAUAUCGGCAUGCGGGGCUUCCUAUUUGAGACUUUCUGCUAUUUCUUUUCUCUCGCCUCGUUUUCACUCGGAUCCAAGCUACCUCUUUUUCAAGCCUCUCGCAUAUUUAAUGAACCAAUGGUAAUCGAACAUCUUCGAACUGGUCAUAUAAUGGGAACUUCACAGCACUUAUUCAUCGCUAUUUACCGCGUCUCGAGCCUCGCUCAAACGCUGACAUCUGGAAACCCCAAAGAAGUAUCUGUUGCCACAUCCGAACUUGCGUCAUUAGAUGAAGAUCUGGCAUCCAAGCAUCCAAGACCAGACUUCGGUCACAACAUGAAUAUCGAAGACCUCAAUGACGCCGUGACAUCGGAAUUAUAUCGCCUCGCGUGUCGGAUUCAUAUCAAGAAACUUCUUGUCUCGUCUGCGCCUGAUGAAGAGUCCGCAGUAUUCUCAAUGGUCGAAGAUUUCAUCGAUAAAUUGCGACUUUUGCCUUCAAAUUCGCCGUCACAAAGUAUCCUGAGCUGGCCAUUGGUCGUGGCUGGAUUUUCAGCGACGACUAGCGGACAACAACGGAUCAUCGUCGCGAAAUUGGCUCAGAUACACGACGAAUGGCAAUCUGCUAUAUUUUCCAAAGGCGCGGCAUAUCUUCAAGAGAAAUGGCGCCGCGACAAAUACCUGAAUCAUUGCCAUCAUGAUUCGGAUAGUACUUCAAGUUCAACCAGAUCUCGGCAGACAUAUGAUGAGAUUAGAACAACCUGGGAGAAAUGCCCGGUCAUUUUAGCCUGA